CGGGGCGCUCACCUGGGCACCUGGGCGGUCGGGGCUGCGCCGGGCGGCGGAGAGUCGCGCGAUGGAGGCCGAGGACCGGGGCCCGUGGGUCCUGGGGCUGCUGCGCACGUUCGCCGCGGACGAGUUCGCGGGCUGGGAGAAGGUGGGCUCGGGCGGCUUCGGCCAGGUGUACAAGGUGCGGCACGUCCACUGGAAGACGUGGCUCGCGAUCAAGUGCUCGCCCAGCCUGCACGUCGACGACAGGGAGCGCAUGGAGCUUCUGGAGGAAGCCAAGAAGAUGGAGAUGGCCAAGUUCCGGUACAUUCUGCCUGUCUAUGGCAUAUGCCAGGAUCCAGUUGGCUUGGUCAUGGAAUAUAUGGAGACAGGCUCUCUGGAGAAGCUGCUGGCCUCAGAGCCGCUGCCGUGGGACCUGCGCUUCCGCAUUGUGCACGAGACAGCUGUGGGCAUGAACUUCCUGCACUGCAUGACCCCACCACUGCUGCACCUUGACCUGAAGCCUGCCAACAUCCUGCUGGAUGCCCACUACCAUGUGAAGAUUUCUGACUUUGGGCUGGCCAAGUGUAAUGGCCUGUCCCACUCACAUGACCUCAGCAUGGAUGGCCUGUUCGGCACCAUCGCCUACCUCCCUCCAGAGCGCAUCAGGGAGAAGAGCCGGCUCUUUGACACGAAGCACGACGUAUACAGCUUUGCCAUUGUGAUCUGGGGUGUGCUCACACAGAAGAAGCCGUUUGCUGAUGAGAAGAACAUCUUGCACAUCAUGGUGAAGGUGGUAAAGGGCCACCGUCCGGAGUUACCUCCCAUCUGCAGACCACGGCCCCGUGCCUGUGCUAACCUGAUAGGGCUCAUGCAAAGGUGCUGGCACCCAGAGCCGCAGGUGCGGCCCACCUUCCAAGAAAUUACUUCUGAGACUGAAGACCUGUGUGAAAAACCAGAUGAAGACAUGAAAGAUCCAGCUCAGGAGCCAGGAGAGAAAAGCUCUCUAGCCUCCAAGAGCGAGGCCAGGCCCGGGUCCUCACGCCUUAAGCGUGCCUCUGCUCCCCCCUUCGAUAAUGACUGCAGCCUUUCCGAGCUGCUGUCACAGUUGGACUCGGGGAUCUCUCAGACCCUCGAGGGCCCCGAGGAACUUAGCCGCAGCUCCUCCGAGUGCAAGCUGCCGUCGUCCAGCAGCGGCAAGCGGCUCUCAGGGGUGUCCUCGGUGGACUCGGCCUUCUCUUCCAGAGGAUCCCUGUCACUGUCGUUUGAGCGGGAGCCUUCCACGGGAGAUCUGGGCACCACAGAUAUCCAAAAGAAGAAGCUAGUGGAUGCCAUCGUGUCAGGGGACACCAGCAAGCUGAUGAAGAUUCUGCAGCCCCAGGAUGUGGACCUGGUGCUGGACGGCAGUGCCAGCCUGCUGCACCUGGCUGUGGAAGCUGGACAGGAGGAGUGUGUCAAGUGGCUGCUCCUGAACAAUGCCAACCCCAACCUGACCAACAGGAAGGGCUCCACCCCGCUGCACAUGGCCGUGGAGCGCAAGGGGAGGGGCAUCGUGGAGCUCCUGCUGGCCCGGAAGAUCAGCGUCAACGCCAAGGAUGAAGAUCAGUGGACUGCCCUGCACUUCGCGGCCCAGAACGGGGAUGAGGCCAGCACUAGGCUGCUGCUGGAGAAGAAUGCCUCGGUCAAUGAGGUGGACUUUGAGGGCCGGACGCCCAUGCACGUGGCCUGCCAGCACGGUCAGGAGAGCAUCGUGCGCACCCUGCUGCGCCGUGGUGUCGACAUGGGCCUGCAGGGAAAGGACGCCUGGCUGCCUCUACACUACGCUGCUUGGCAGGGCCACCUGCCCAUUGUGAAGCUGCUAGCUAAGCAGCCGGGGGUGAGCGUGAAUGCCCAGACGCUGGACGGAAGGACACCCCUGCACCUGGCUGCCCAGCGGGGACACUACCGCGUGGCCCGUAUCCUCAUCGAUCUGUGCUCUGCCGUCAACAUCUGCAGCCUGCUGGCACAGACGCCCCUGCACGUCGCCGCGGAGACUGGCCACACUAGCACUGCCAGGCUGCUCCUGCACCGUGGUGCUGACAAGGAGGCUGUGACCUCAGAGGGCUGUACUGCCCUGCACCUGGCUGCCCGCAACGGACACCUGGCCACUGUCAAGCUGCUUGUGGAGGAGAAGGCCGAUGUGCUGGCCCGGGGGCCCCUGAAUCAGACGGCACUGCACCUGGCCGCAGCGCAAGGGCACUCGGAGGUGGUGGAAGAGCUGGUCAGCGCAGACCUCAUCGACCUAUCUGAUGAGCAGGGCCUCAGUGCACUGCACCUGGCCGCCCAGGGCAGGCAUGCACAGACUGUGGAGACUCUGCUCAAGCAUGGAGCCCACAUCAACCUGCAGAGUCUCAAGUUCCAGGGCGGCCAGACCCCUGCGGCCACACUCCUCCGGCAGAGCAGCAAGACCUAGCGUGUAGCUCCGCUCCGUGUGGGCGUCUGGUCUCUCCUAACCUCGUGUGCUCUGGGGACAGAGGGUGCUGUGCUGGGGCACUCGCCCACCCUGUUGGUGGCUUGCCCAAUUGUUGACCAAGUGGAGGCCAUGGACAAGGCAGGCGGUGCAGCUGUCGGGCCAGGUGGUGCCACUGGCAAGGCCCCUCCACCUGAGGGCAUCCAUCAGGCACUGGCUGACCUGUGGCCAGCCAGCACCUGCGAUGUCAAUCGGGGCGAUGGGUCUGUGGCAUUUCAUUGUGGUCCUGAUGGGCUGCUGAUGCGGGUCUUUCAUGACAAAGCCUGGACAAGACUGUCCCCUCUGUCCUAGACCAAGCCACCUCGACAUCUUGGCCGAGGCAUGAGAGGGGUCCUGCCCUUGGUUUUUCCCACUGAGCAGGUGGAGAGGAUCCUGUCUCUGGAGACUUAGUUGGUUGACACGCCAGCUUUGCCUGAGACAGAUGAGGACGUGCCUGGCACGGCCAGUUUAAUCUGGAGGGGGUGUCUGUAAACUCAAUGGGGCUAGCUUCACAGAACAGCCUUACCAGCAUUGAGAUCUGAUUUCAUUUGUUCUGUGGUGACCGCUAGGUCACCAUGCCCUUCCCCCACUGCCCUCCUGGUUACUGAGUUCUCCUUACCUAAAAUGGCUUUGGAAGCAUCAGAGCUGGAUAUAUAAAAAUCAUUGAAAAAUUCUUUAUAAACUGAGUUUUAUACUGAAAAUAGUUAUUUAGUCAAACUGUUCUUUCAGGCUCCUGUUUUUUGGCAAGGCGGUAUCUCCUGCCAAGGGCUUUUCUGACCUACCCUGUGGCAACUCUGGGUGUGCCCCAGCCGCAGCAGUUGGGGUGUGCCUUGAGGUGGCCAUAGGAGGUGGUUGCAAUCUCAGGUGUCAGAGAAUUUUGGGUGUCAGAGAUUUGAUCAGCCUCAUCGCUUGUCGGUAUGCCUGUCCCACCUGAUACGUUUUGAGCAUUGUCACUGUAGAUGUGAGUUGAGAAACUGACCUUGUAUUCCAGUCUGUGCUGUGUGUGUGUGGCCUGGUGUGUGGCAGAGAUUGACAUUCAUGUAUUGUGUACGUGGAUGUGCAUCGUGGGCAGAGUGCUGCUCUUUUAUGACAGGAAAUAGGUAACUGGAGCUGGCUAUGUUUUAAUACGCCUCAACCUGCUUUUACUGUCUCCCAUUCCUGCUGUGUAGAACACAGCGACCACAGGAAGUCUGCAACAUUAAUAAAGGAUUAUUCACUUA